GGAGGGGAAGACCUGGCAGAAGCCACAAACCCCAGCAGCCUCAGCACCAAGCUGAGUUUCUGGAAAAGGCUUUCGGAUUCUAUGAACUUUCUUCCGCGCACCCUCCCUCUCAUUCUCCGUUUGGGUAAAAGAAGGGGGCAGCACAGGGACCACAGGACGGGAAACCACCGAGGAUGCUGCCCCAGGAUCCAGGAGCCAUGGAGGAGGAGAGGCCGGGGGAGGGGACCAGCCGGGGAGGCAAUCUGUUCUCCUGAAGCAGACGCGGGGAUUCCAGCGUGAGGGAGGGAGCCCCGUGUCUGCUGCAGAUUGAUGGCUGUGUCCUUGGAACAUAAGGGAACCCUGCCUCCGCCUGCUGAACACAAAGCCAGCUGAGAUGCGCUGGCUUGGGCAGUCGCCAAAGCUUCUAGCUGACCCCCGUCCUGCACCUCCAGGACACAUGACUUUCCAACCUCAGCGGCCCAGACAGUGGGUGUCACUUGGGGUCCUCCCCUCCCUGGGGAUUUCAAUAGACACUGAGGUACAGAGAGAAACCAUCAGCAGUCCUGGAUGAGAGGGACACAAAAGAUCUACAGGGAUUCCAAGACCUGCAGGCAGCCGCUCCAGCCCCAUCCUCAUCGCCUUCCUGUCUCAAGUUGUGAUCAUCUUUGCAGACCCUAGGGGACCUUAACUCAGUUGAUUGCCACCCAGGCUCCAAAGGGGACUUCCUAUGGCUCUCACCUAGGGAGGCUUGUGGCCUUAGAGGCUCCAAGGAGAGGCUUGAGCCAUGACACCACCUGCUCAGAAGCCCCACCCUCCAGGACUCUGUCCCCUGAUGUAGCUGCGUUCCUGUGCCACUGACUCUUCAUUCCAUGGACACAGCCCCUGUCCCAAUGGGCUCGCUUCAGCACUGCUGUUGCCAGCUGCCUAAGAUGGGUGACACCUGGUCCCAGCUGCCCUGGCCAGGGCCCCCCCACCCAGCCGUGCUGCUGGUCUCUCUCCUCUUAACAGCCGGGGUGAUGCACUCGGACGCCGGCACCAGCUGCCCAGUCCUUUGCACGUGCCGUAACCAGGUGGUGGACUGCAGCAGCCAACGGCUCUUCUCCGUGCCCCCUGACUUGCCAAUGGACACUCUCAACCUCAGCCUGGCCCACAACCGCAUCGCUGCGGUGCCGCCGGGCUACCUCACAUGCUACAUGGAGCUCCGAGUGCUGGAUUUGCGCAACAACUCCUUGGUGGAGCUGCCCCCCGGCCUCUUUCUCCAUGCCAAGCGCCUGGCACACUUGGAUCUGAGCUACAACAACCUCAGCCAUGUGCCAGCCGCCAUGUUCCAGGACGCCCACGGCCUGGUGCACAUCGACCUGAGCCACAACCCGUGGCUACGCAGGGUGCACCCGCAGGCCUUCCAGGGGCUGGUGCAGCUCCGAGACCUGGACCUCAGCUACGGGGGCCUGGCCUUCCUCAGCCUCGAGGCCCUCGAGGGCUUGCCGGGGCUGGUGACGCUGCAGAUCGGUGGCAACCCCUGGGUGUGCGGCUGCACCAUGGAGCCCCUGCUGAAGUGGCUGCGGAACCGGAUCCAGCGCUGUACAGCUGAUUCUCAGCUGGCUGAGUGCCGGGGGCCCCCUGAGGUCGAGGGCGCCCCACUCUUCUCCCUCACUGAGGAGAGCUUCAAAGCCUGCCAUCUGACCCUGACCCUGGAUGAUUACCUCUUCAUCGCGUUUGUGGGUUUCGUGGUUUCCAUCGCAUCUGUGGCAACCAACUUCCUCCUGGGCAUCACAGCCAACUGCUGCCACCGUUGGAGCAAGGCCAGCGAAGAGGAAGAGAUUUGACAUGGGAGGGAAGAGUCCCUCCAUGCUGCCAACCGCCACUGCCAUUGACCACCAGAUACCCUUCCUGGCUGCCCACUCUGGUCCCAUGGUGCCCUGGUCACCUGUCAUGGUUCAAGCAAGGUCAGGAGAGUACUUUUGAGUGAGCUUCUUCAGCGAGCCAGGCACUGUGCUAGGAACUGGCAAUGUUAGAUGAAUCCACCUAGUCCCUGCCCCUCAAAGCACUUGCCCCUGACAGAGGAGAGAGAUUCAGAAACUCUUCCCUUUCAGACAAUUUGUCUGCACUCUGAGCACAGAGCUAUGGAAGCCCAAAGGAGGGGUCAUCAACUGUGCCUCAAAAACUCCAAGAGAAUUACAACAGUGGAGGUGACUCGUGAGCUGAGUCAUCAAAAACAGUCCGCUUUGUGAAGCAAACAGAGAAAGACAGACACACACAAAUGACAGAGGCCAGGAUAUGCAUGGACUGUUGAGAACCUGGAACAAUCCCUGUGACUUUAGUCUACAGAGGGAAGUGGCUCAGGACCGGAACUUUCCCUCUGACACCCAAUCUGUCAGUGCUUGGGGCUGCCCACCGUUGCCUCCAGAGGGUGAGAAGACCUCCAUGUCAGCCCCCUUGGCUUCCUCCUACCAGCAGCUACCAGUGACUGCCCCCCACACUACGUUGCCAGCUGUAGCCUGCUGGGGAGGUCCCAGGUCGCACCUUCGCAGCCCUUUCUCCAUCCCUGUCUCCUGCUUCUCACUCUAGCUUUGGCCUCAGCAGAAGACCCAGCAAUGGGGCAACAAAGUCCUGGCACCCUGGGACUCCUACUCUCGUGACUGUUCUUGCCACGGUGCUCACCCCAAGGGACCUCACCGGGAAAGUCUACUGUGGGCUGCAGCCCUGUAGCAUGAGGGUACAGGACUGAAGGGGAGAUAGAUGGCCAUCACUGUGGUAAUAACAGGACAAUUUGCUCUUUCUUCUAAGCAACGCACUCAUUUAAGCAUAAGGGUGAGAGAGCUGUUAAUCACCAAGCACUCGCCCGCCCGUGUCAGGCACUGUGAUAAGCUCUUCUCCAUAGGCAAUUCCCUUUGACACACAGCAGUCUUUUGAGGUGAGCCUUGUCAUUCCAGUUUUACAGAUGGGCAAGUAAGGCUCAGAGAGGUUAAGGUCAUAUGAUACUUAUGAGCAAAAUAAUCUGUGUUUUUGGACUACCCCAUCCAAGUUGGGGGACAUCAGAAUUCCCUCCAACGCUAUAUAAAUUUCAAGUCAAGUAGUGCUGAUGAUGUUCCUAUUAAGAGCCAGGCACUUUACACCUAUGGACUCAUUUACUUCCAUUGUUACAGCAACACUGCCUGAUGGUUAUUAUUCCCAUUUUACAGAUGAAUUAAUUGUAGAGAGCUGAGAGUUUUACCCAAGGUUAUCUGGAUACACUGUAGAAGGAAGGUAAUAGGUGGCUCCAUUCAGGGAAAUUGUGUACACUCAGUCAGUCAAAAGUCAAGUAACUUCAUGUGCACAGCACAAUUAUCAUCAUUGUUGUCAUCAUCUUCACCAUCAGUGUCAUCGGCUUCAUCAUUCCCCGGUGUUUGUUCAGCACUGGACAGCUCGUGAACCUCUUUGGCGUCAUUCUCCUUGACUCUUCACAACCCUGCAUGGGAGGCAAACCAAACAUCAUUACUUCUAUUUCAUGGAUGGAAAAAUAGAGACUCAAGAGUGAACGUGCCCUGCCUACACGCAGGGCUAGGACUCAACUCCAACUCAGUUCUCUUCCCAGUGCUGUCCCAGGUGCUUGAGGAAGAAAACGCCUGGGACACCUGGGUCGAGGGCCCUCAGAUUCAGCAGCCAUCAACAUCCCAGUACAGCAGCUAAACAAAGGGCAGUGAAACCCAACUGCUGUCCAGAUUUAGAUGUGCUUACAGUGGGGCAAAUCACAGCCUCUGAAACAGAAGCAGCCCAGGUAACAUCUGAAUAGGAGUCACCUGCUUUGCAAUGUGUGAAUAACACAUUAGAAAUGGUGGCCAUCUGAAAAAUAAGAUUUGGGAAAACAGGAGAGGAAGCUGUGUUAACCUCUCCCACUCAGGCCCUGCUGUGUUGUGUUGCAAGAGAGAGAUGCACAGGGUGACUGAAAGCUGUGGGUGAGAACCUCUGCACGAUAGGGGAAGACUUUAAGGCACAGACCAACAUUGGCAAGGCUGGCGGGGAUGGGAAUGAAAACAUGGGCCCGCUACCUUGCCCCCAGCUCCAGCAGGCUUGCAUCAUCCCAUCCUCCCGGCAGACCUGAAAGAAUGAAGGAGAAAUCCAUUUCACCUUCUAAGAAGUUUUCCCUUACUCAUGCUCUCUGAGCUACUCAACCAAAAGAGUGUCCAGAAACUUUGUUAGACCUGGAGUACUUGAACAUUGUGUCCCUCGAAUCUCAUUUAUAACUUCCGGGCCAGCGCCCUGCUCCUGCGACUCCUGGAGCAGAGCUGUUCCCUGUCUCUUCUUCUGCUAUGUCCAGGAACUGCUGGACCAGGGCUGCUCUCCACCCAUCAAGCUGCCAGGGACACCUUUGUCCAUUCCUUCCAAAGCUAAAGUAUUUGAGGAUGAACUUGUAGAAAUAAUAGUCCUGACACAAAUAGUUAAGCCUCCCAUAGAGGGACACCAUAUACAUCUAUGAUAAUCUCCUAGAGAUGCUUGUUUGCUGAAAUAUAGUUAAUAUAUUUUAAGAUAUAUACUCUUUUUUGCAUAGGACUAGAACCAAACAAGGCACCAAAUGCCCCUUGAGAUCCAAUGUUCUUUCUAAUGAGACUAUUUAGUCCCCAUUAAUGGCAAACUUUUCUGAGUAGGACAUGUGGCUUUUAAAGAACAGAUGCUUCUCCAGCUACUAAGAGGUCCCCAGUUAACUAAAGCACAAUGAGGAAACUUCCCUUCUGCCAAGGAAUUACUUUUUUCCCCCACCUCCACUACCAGCAUCUUCUAUAGGCUACCAGAAGCAAGCUUCUAGAGGAAAUCUAGAAGUCCUGGCUAAAACUGUUCCCACACACUGCUGACCAAGAACCCAUGAUGGUGAGCCUACAAGGCUUCAUUAAGAUUUUUCCAGACUAGUUAACAUGUAAGUGUUGGGGUAUCUCUAAGACCAUGUGUAUGUUCAUGAGGUUCCAUGUAGUUUGUGUAUCUACUGAUAUGGGGCCAAUCUCUCUGGAACUUGAUUUCUCUGACACAGUCUAUUCAGCCAUCUGUUUAUUGUAUUGUUUGGUACACUAAUAUGGAAUCCCAUCAAGGUUGGGGUAGGGAUAGCUGCUCAGAAAAUAUACAGAGAGAGAGAGAGAGAGAGAGAGAGAGAGAGAGAGAGAGAGAGAGAGAGAGAGAGGUGACUGAGGCAGCCUAAUGACAGCCUGACUGCUUCCCGCCACUCUCUAUCCCUCAGAGACUUGUCCUUGUCACAGAAGCUUCCUUCAUGCUGGGCCUGAGAAUAUCAAAGUUUAGUUAACUAAUAGGGCUGUGAUGGUCAAAGUCUAGACAAAGAAAAUUGUUCUGUAGAAAAGGCCCCACAUCUGCACCACACCAGUCUGUACUAAUUGCUUCUGGUCACCCUCAGACAAACCCUCAUCUGUUCUCCAUCCCUAUAGGGAUUCCCAGAGAACCCUACAGAAAUAGGUCCCCAGAGUUGCUAUAGAUUUUGCUGGAUCCUUUCAAGGAGGCUGGUGUAUGGAAUUUAAACAGACCGAAAUAGGUAUUUCUCUUCAUCCGUUAGGAAAGACCUACAGCCCCUAUUUUCCCUAUAGAUGUCUUCGUUGAUAUUGCUCUGACAUCCUUUCUAGCUCUCGAAGAACAUAAGGAGACACCUUUCUCCAUUCCUCCCAAAGCUAGAGAAACUUGUCUGCUCUCCCCACCCCAGAAGGACGCAAAGGAGAAAUGAAGUAAGGAAGUCAGGCAAGGUCUUGCGUAAAUCACCAUUAUGUUUGCCACAGCACUGGAUGGAGAGAUCUGCACCCACAGAGCUCUCCAUUUUUCUAGCACUGUCCUGUGGAGUGCUGAUGUCUGGGGGGUGGGAGGGUUAGGGAGGGGUGGGGAG